AUGGAGGUCAAUGAUGAAAGAACCCUCAAAUUGAGUGGGUCGAGUAGAGUCGUUUCUGAUUACUUUGAAAUUUGCAUUCACAAUAUAUUAUUCCAGAGACACGUUUAUCCCAAAGAAGACUUCAAAGUCAUCAGGAAAUUUGGUCUCAAUUUAGUAUAUUCCAAAGAUGAUGAGGUGAUAAGUUAUAUUAAGCAAAUAACUCGACAGCUACAUCGUUGGAUUGUUGAUGGAAAAAUCAACGUGUUAACCAUGCUUAUAGUUUUGAAAGAAACCAAUCAGGUUUCUGAGAAGUGGAUGUUUCAUAUAGAUCUCGUUCACGACAAGAGUGAAGAAGAUCCCAGUUCAACCAGCAACAGCCGAAAUGUGAAAGGUGUGAAAACACUAGAAGAUAUACAAAAAGAAAUACAACUGAUAAUAAGGCAAAUUAGCUCUUCCAUUACAUUUUUACCUGAAUUUGAAGAUCCCCAAACUUUCAAGAUAUUAGUCCAUACCACCGACAAUUUUGAGGCUCCUAAAGAUUGGGAUGACGCAAACCUGUCAACGGAUAUUGAAGGAAAAGGUGUUGAGAGUGUAAAGUUUGACAAUUUUGCUACAGGUAACCAUAAAGUCUCAACUUUCGUAACGUAUCAAACCAGAGAACAGUAA